GUGAUCAGCCAGAAAAAUCGAUCUCGCUCAUCUCUGGCUCAUCUUCUAGAAUUCUAAAAUAUUUGAAUUGAAAUAGGUUGUUUUCCUUGACCUCAGAACAGUUCCCAAAGGCCACCGUCAAUCAUGCCUGUGGAAAAUUUAGAGGAAGAGGGGCUUCCUAAGAACCCCAAUUUGGCCUUAGCUCAGCUGAAAUUCUUACUAACCAUUCCCAAGGAAAGUGCUCAAAGUUUGAAUAUCGAAGAUGUCAGGAAACAGCUUAUGGAUGAGAUUCGCGAAAAGGACAUGACCCCAUACUACGAGGAUGUGUGCAGCGAGUUGAAAUGGGAUGUUGAUUCGCAGUUGCUGGCAACGAUGCGAGAGAACAAUGAGAAGAAGGUGAAGGAGCUCGAUGAUGCUAUCGAGGAUGCAGAGCAAAAUCUGGGUGAAAUUGAUGUGCGAGAUGCUGUACUCGCUAAGGCCGAAUAUCUUGCGUCUAUAGGUGAAAAGGAACGUGCCAUCACUGGAUUUCGAUUGGCAUAUGAGCGCUGUGUAACCCUAGGCAGUCGCCUGGACAUCGUCUUCUAUAUGAUCCGCAUUGGCAUGUUCUUCAAUGACAAUGACAUAAUGGUGCGCAAUAUUGAGAAGGCGAAGAGUCUUAUCGAAGAAGGUGGUGAUUGGGACAGGCGGAAUCGCCUCAAGGUCUAUGAGGGUAUGUACGCCAUGUCCACGAGGGCGUUCAGCCGUGCCUCCGACCUCUUCCUGGAGGCGGUAGCAACGUUCACGUCCUAUGAACUCAUGUCAUACCAGCAGUUUGUUCGCUAUACUGUCCUGUGCUCCAUGAUCACGGUGGAGCGAACGACCUUGAAAGAGAAGUGUGUGAACGGUGCUGAAGUGCAGGAGGUGCUACACUCCGACACUUUGAUACGCAGCUAUCUCAACGCCCUCUACAAGUGCCAGUACGGAGACUUCUUUCGCCUGCUCGCCGAGGUCGAGUGCAUGAUCCUGCAGGAUCGUUGGCUGCACUUGCACGCCAACUUCUUUGUGCGCGAGAUGCGCAUACUUGCCUACAAUCAGCUACUUCAAUCCUAUCACGCCCUUACACUCAAUCACAUGGCCAACGCGUUUGGUGUCUCCGUUGAAUUCAUCGAUCGAGAGCUGGCACGGUUCAUUGCUGCUGGAAAGCUGCAUUGCAAGAUUGACAAAGUAUCUGGCAUUGUGGAGACGACACGGCCCGACAAGAGGAAUUACCAAUACCAGUCUGUGAUCAAGCAUGGCGAUAUGCUUCUACAGCGUGUGCAGAAGUUGAGCCGUAUCAUCGAUAUUUGAGUGAUGUGUGAGCAUAUUCUCUAGUGAUGAUGAUGUUUAGCUGCCCGUUGCUCUUGACAUCUGCCUGGGAGGGAGAACUUGUAGAUAGCCUACGUCAAGCUGUGCUUGUGUGUGUGUGCGUGUGUGUGCGCGCGUGAGGGAGAGAGAGAGAGAGAGAGAGAGAGAGAGAGCACGUGCGCGGUUAUUUUUUAUGCUGCUGCCCGUGCAUCCUGUGAGCAUAUUAUUACUUCUGUCUAGCGUCGCUGUCUUAUUUGUCGGCUAGUGCUUAUUUUUCUUGCUCUGUGUGUUUUUUUAAUUAGUUUUUCCCACCCUUGUACAGACCCUCAACCAUGAUUUUCUUGUUGCGUUCAUGUUCUUGCAGAAUAAGUUAGCGCCAUGUGCUGACUAUGCUUCCCCCCCCCCCCCUUCUUUGUUGUGUAUAGUUACUGACUCGGCACUUUUAUUGACAAAUUAUAGCGCAACACCCUA